AUCGCACGUUUAGGAUAAAAAAAAAAAAUGUAUAUAUAUACCUUGCGUUGCCUAGCAGCUACAACAUUUUCGCUCCACUUGGCUCAUUCCCAAAACGAUGUAGAGUAAAUUUUGUCACCUUCAUGUGUACAAUUUUAAUUGUAAAAAUUCGGGGAAUAUAUUCCCGCGAAUGUUACCCUUUUUUUUUUUGUCUUUCUGUGGCUUCCAUUUUGUGCUGAAUUUUUACCCCUGCUGGGUGUCAAAUGUGUGUGUACGCGUACACAUAGUUGUGUCGUACUAUUACGCAGCUGCGUGUGUGGACACUUGUUGGUGCCCACGCGGAAGGCACCUUUUGUACGCACUUGCUGCGAAGAGUAGUUUUUAAAUUUGUCAACUUGGUCUACCUCCUCGCAAAGCAAGUUUUGCAAAAAAAAAAAAAAAAAAUUCACGCCAGUGUGCAGUGAAGGCAUAUACCCCCCUGUGUGGGUCAUGCACAUAUGCGAUCAGCAACACUGCUAAGAUUUAGCAGACGUAGGGAGCCCGUUCGUACCCCUUGCAGAUAUGACCCUUAAGAUCGUUACAUGUACACCCGCAUCGGUUGUCUAUUCCCAAUUUUGAAGUUCCUUUUUGUUUUUGUUAAAACUUCCACACGUGUGGAUAGCAGCGAGGGGGAAAGCAAACGAAGGGGGGACAGACAAGGAAGACGAAGUAGCGGCAACCGCGGGGGGGGAAGAAAUAUGCAUGGGCUGUAUAGAAAAAACCAACUGAGCACUCCCGAGGAACAGCUGUGCACGAACGCAUUUUGGAGGAAGAACUUAUUCAGCAGGUACGAAAUAAAACCGAAAUAUUUUAACGUACCAACAUAUCAUGUUAAAGAUAACGCCAAUGAAUGCUUCGAGAGGGUGUCAAACAAUUCCUGGUAUGACACUAGCAGCUUUAGGAAGAAGGGAGCGUUUUUAUUUUGCAGAGAAUUGAGAAACAUCAACUGGGGCAGCAGCCACGAUGGGGGGGAGACCCACCUGAGCGAGGCACUACAUGAUGUUGUUGAGGCUUCCACAAAUGGUACGCUCCCAAUGCGGGCAAGCGGUGAAGACGCCAAGAAUUUAGACGAAUGCGGUGGUUUGCCCCAAAACGUGGUAGGCAGCAACCCAAAUGACAAAGCAUUGAAUGAUAAAGCAUCAAAAGAAAAGAAAAAAAAAAAAACACUCCCUUCACCCAAUGGAGGAGUAACCCCCACAGGUAGCUCGUUAACCCUUUAUGGCAGAAAAAAAAAGCCGAACAAGUUAGCAAAAAUGGCUACUUCGAAAAAAGCUGAUAAUGUUAAAAAUGAAAAGUGGGCUCCUGAAAGUUGCAAGCCUUCGGAGCUUGAACCUGCACAAAGGAAUACCCACAAAUGGGACGCCACCCAUUUGGUUAGCGGCAAGGUGUGCAAAAAGAAACAAACGAGCAUUGAUAUUUGGAAGUAUAAAAAGGAGGAAAUCUUAAAGGGGCACACUUUGCAUGAACAGGUCAGCGAGAAAAUCAUUUCCAGCAAACCAUCAGUCGAAAAAGAAAUUAUGUGCGUACACAAAUUGGGCGUACUUCCUCUAGACGAUAAGGUGAGGUUAGACAAAAGCGGAAAAGGGCAAAUAGCAAGUAGUUUUAAAAAGACGAAAGAGAAAAGCGUUCACAGGGGGGAACACUUAGCGGGGGUGGUGCAGAUGACCCCUUCCAAGGGAGACGCAAAAAAGGAGUCUCCUAUCCGCUCCUACUUCCCUUCUGAGGCCGCACCCGUUAGUGUGAUCCCAAGUGGAGGUUACUCCGAAGGGGGGAACAAAAUUGAAGAGAAAAACACACCAAUUGGGGAAGAACAAAUAAGGAGGAUUUUUCAUCCCACUGGGAAUGCCAAAUCGAUGGCUAGGGAAACUCCCCUGAGUAAAGGAACGUACACAGGUUACCAACAAAAGGGGAGACGCUUCUUGGGGGCGCAAAAAAUGCUUUUAAACGAAAGUAACCAGGGGGGAAAAGCCAAAGAGGGGGACUUAGACGAGAGACUUUCCGGAAUGCUCACCUGGAACCGCGCAUUAGGAGCAGCUCACCACGGAGAAGGCACCCCCACAAAGGACAGAGGAAUCGCCAAUUCGAUAGAGAGAACAAAUGGGGCACACACAAAAGGUAGAUGCUCAUCUGAGUACUCCAAAAAAAGACCAACCAUAGAAUGCAUGAUGAUUGAAGACGUAGAUGUAAGUGAGUCUAAACAGGAGGAGGGGCGCAUCAUAGGGGUGUCCGCAACUGCACCUUGCCAGGGUAAAAAUCUGCACCUGUUAGAGGAGUCCCGGGAUGAAAAUCCCCUUUUCGACUCCCUUGUUAACACCAAAAUGUAUUUUAGAAUCGAUUUUAAGAUGUAUAAACCCAUUCUUAUGAGGGCAAUUACCCAAGUGAGAGUGUAUUCAAAUGAGAAGCUACUUCAGUGCGUCUACAUAAAGGAGUACCCUCAAAACUUUUCUGUAGUUGUGCAGAAUGCCGUCCAAAUGUGUAAUGGAAAAGUGCUAGCCAAAAUGAAAAAUAAGCUCAUUCACAUCAAAGAAACGGGGGUUCUCAAUUUUACGUAUCUAAGCAAUGAAAAAGUAAUUGGCUGUUCCCAUGUUAGCAUUAAGCAUCUAGUAAGUUCUGGAUUAGAAGGAGGGCUUUUCAUUUCAGUGGAUGACCACACAGAUUGUAGAAAAAGGAACCCCCCAAAAGAAGCGUUUGCAGUAGGUCCUCUCCUCCCAUUCGGCAGACAAGAAAUAAACGUUUUAAAGUCCAAAAUUUUUGUCAACUAUAAAAUUGACUGCCCCAGGAGUGCUCAUGAUUUUAUUGCUUCUGGUGAAGGGGUGACGGCCAAGGCGAAAAUUACCUUCUUGGAGGAGAUGGUUAGGCAAAUGUACAGCUUCAUACAGGACUCGACGCUGCUCCGGUUCGUGAAGGGCGCGCGGGUCGCCCACAGGGGGGGUGAAUGUGGCGCCGGGAAGGGGGGGAGCGAGGAGCAGCGCGCAGAGGGGGAAAAAAACGUAGUUGGAGAAAAACACGUAGAUGGAGAACAACACGUAGAUGGAGAAAAACACGCAGAGGGAGAAAAGUACGAAGAGGGGGGAAACCUCUUAGAUGGAGAAAACCACUUAGACGGAGAACCCCCCCGCGGUAGAAGCAAUCAUGUGGGGAACGCCGAUCUGGACAAAUGCGAGAAGGGCAACCCCCCCAGCGCGCUCAACGAAGGCAACGACCCAGAAGGGGGAGACGAAAAGACUGAGGGUCAUCUCCCCAUUGGGAAUUCCCCCCAAAAUGGCGAAGCGGAAGAGGCAGCAGAUAGGAAAGAGGAAGAUGAGCUGGCGGAAAAAUCCAAGAGCGCUGAUUUAGAGGAAGGGUGUUGCGGUAAUGCGCCAAGCUCGAACCAUAAAGAUCCUCCUUCCUGUGAUGGUGUAGCCACGGGAGACAUGCUGGGAGAGGAACCCAAUCGCAGUGACGCUGUGGAAGGUGUGCUAAAAUUUAAAGGGGAAGAGCAGGGAAGGUAUAACGGCCAAGUGGUGUGUGGCAACCCAGGUGAACGGGACAACCCCCACGUGGAGAGCGCACCCCCUGGGCAGACACACAAUGAGAAGGCAGAGAAUGGCGAAAAUGAUGAGAAUGCCGAAAAUGCUGGGAAUGCCGAAAAUGCUGAGAACGCGGGAAAUCCCCCGAAGGGGAGCAAAGACGAAGCGGAGGAAGGCGGCACGAACAGGUGCGCCCCCAAAGGGGUGUCUACUUACCCGAAGGGACCAAAAAUAAAUUCCCCACAUGAACAUAAAAACAAAAAAAAACAAAUAGAGCAGCUGCAGAACACCAUAGAGGAGUAUAAAAAAGAAUUAGCAGAAAAAGCAGAGGAGAUACAAAAGCUAAAACAUUCAAACAAUAACACUAAUAUACUCUACAAAGCCUGUUAUAGGAAAUUACAAGAAAUUGAAAAUGAAAGGAAAAGAACCGAUGCGAUGAACUUCCUACUGAGAUUUGAUGAUACCUGUGGAAAUAAGCUAACCAACCGUUUGGAGAAAAAGAAUGCCCUCCCCAAAAGAAAGGCAUUUACGGAAACUGACUCGAGUGUAGUGAUGGGCGCAGAAGUGCGAAGGGUAAAUUCUCUGCGAAGUGCCUUAGUUGCUCUAAACGGGGAGGAGAAAAACAUGGGUGGAAAUGCCAUCCGUAGGAGCGGCACUGGCACCAUCACGGGAAGCAGCGUCUAUGCAACCACGAUGAGGAGUCUCCCCCCGGCGGGGAGGGAAAAACUGAGCAAAAAGAAACAGGCCAUCCGCACCGAGUCGGUCAACAAGACGAUUAUGAAGUUGUUCGGCGCCGAUUUGGGAGAAACCCCCCGGGGUGAAGAAGUAGCCACGCGGGGGGGAAUCACCACGGGUAAGGGGGGCGAUGGCGACCAUUACGGGGAGCACUACGAGGAGCAGUACGGUAACCACUAUGGCGACCACUACGGUGAGCACUUAGAUGACCACCGCAUCCUCCUGAGCAACUACCAAAUUAAAGAGAACAAAAUUGACGCACUUGUAAGGGAAAACGAAUCGCUAAAGGAACGAAUAAACAAGCUGACCCUAACCGAUGCGGAGUGCCCCAGCAGGGUACCACCCCUCAAGGACGCCUACUACACCACAAGGGCAAAGGACAAAUGUAGGGCCCAUAAACAGGCGAAGCUAAGAGGCGUUGAGCAGCACUGCAGAAAUUCAAACUACCUGGAGCAUUCGUGGGGGGAGAAAAAAAGUUACAACUACGAUGGGGUGAGGAACAAGUACAGCAGCAACAGCAGAUUUAACUUCCCCCUCAAUUUGGUUAAAAGUUAUUCUCAUGAUCCCAUCGCGCACAGGGAGGUGGACAUCAAUCAGUCCGCGUGCUGA